AAGUAAUGGACGAUAGUGAUAUUUCAAACACUGAUGGGCCUUUGUCAAUGUCAACAACUCUAUCUCUUUCUGAGUUUUCAAAUGUAUCAAGCCAUGACAGUUUAGUUGAAACUGAAUCUGAUGGUGGAAAUCAAGUUGGCAAAAGGAAGAGAAUAAAAAAGAAGAAAGAUGAGCUACUUCCUCCCGAAGAAAAACUUAGAAAGUGUGAAAGACGGAUUAAGUCAUAUUUAGAUGCUCAAGAACAAGAAAAUGCUUUUGAGGAAAUACUGAAAUUGGCACCUUUGGUGAAACUGGUAUACGGAGAGCAGGACUGGAGGUAUGCAGAUGCUUGCAACAAGCUGGCAAAAGGUUAUUUAGACGUCAGAGGACUUGGACUGCAGGCUGUUAAACAUGCAGAAUUGGCAAAAUGUUUGAUUUUAUCAUGUAAUACACCACAAGGGACCACAGAAAAAAACUUAUUUAUAAAAUGCAUUGUUGAAGUAUAUCUUUGCCUUGGUAGAGCGCUUUGUCAGAUGGGUGGAAAGUAUAAAGAUGCAGAGAAUUCACUACUAAAAUCAUGGCAAGUUUUGAAAAGCAUUAACAAGCAAUCGUCAACAAUACAAAUCCCAACUUCUUCAGCCAACGAUGAUGAUUUGAAGAAACAGAUAAAGCUUGCAUUAGCUGAUGUUUAUAUUGCAUCAAAACAAGCUGAUAAAGCAGUAUCCGCAUUAAAUUUUGCAAUUAAAAUUAUCAGUGAGAAAAACUCAGGAAAAGAUGAAAAGCUAGUACCAAUUUAUGAGAAAUUGGUCAAAGCAGAAAAAUCUAGAAAGAAGUCUGAAAUCAAUUAUGAAACUGUUGUAGAAUACAGACUCAAAGCCCAUGAGAUCUCAAGCGGUUGCCAUGCUCUCAAUUCAACUGAAGUUGCUGAUACUGCUUUAUUUUUAGGACGUGCGUAUGCUGAUAUUGACUCUAUACAAGCUCAGAAAGCUGCUGAAACCUAUUUCAACGAAGCUUUUAGCGCAUAUAAAAGCUGCCUUGAGAACAAUCAUCCUAAAACCCUAAAGGUAGAGGAUGAGUUGGCUAGAGUCUUGAUGCGGACAGAGAGAGAGGACGAGGCAGUCAAAGCUUUGAAAAAGAGUAUUGCUGUCAAAGCUGAAGUGUUCGGAGAAUGCAGCUCCCAAGUGGCAAACACAAACAAGUUGAUUGGUAGUGUGUAUUUGUCACAGGGUGAUGUUUUGAAUGCCCACAAAUUUUUAAACAAGUGUUUGGUUAUUGAAACUGAACUUCACGGUGCACAACACUGGAAAACUAAGGCUACAACAAAUACUAUAUCAUUGGUUCAGCAACACCCUGCGUUUUCUAAAUCGAAGACUGCAAAACUGAAAGAAAGGCCAAACUUUUCUUCAACAAUUAAAAUAAAGAAAUAAUUAAUGCUUAAUACUUAUAAUUAUUUACAAUCACCAUUGCAAUCAGAUAUGCAAUUUGGUAUUGUGAGCGAGUUACCUUGUCAUCUAAGGUCACUAAUCAAUCAUUCCACAUUUGUGAUUUGUUUUCCUUGUGCAAAUAUGGUGACCUGAUCAUCAGGCAUUGGACCAAAUUAUGUCGGUAUUAAAGUUUAAAGGUUUUAUUUGACCCAUUACUUAUCAUUCUAGUGAAAGUAUAGUAAAUUAAGUACAUAAUUUCAAACCAGACAUUUUACUUGUGAAAAUACAAUACCACAUCGUAAAAAGUAUAUUGCAACAACAAAAUACACAAAUCUUAUUUGAGAAUAUGGCCAACCAUUAAAAUGCAGGAUCUACAUUGUGGUCAUAACGUCUUGCACUGUCACAAAUUUUAUCCCAUCGCCUCUCAGACAACAAUGAUAAGUACUAAUAUAGUUCCAGUAUAGAAAACUAACCAUUUCUACUAGAAAUUACCUUUAUUACAAAAAAAUAACCAUCAUGUAUCUACAUUUAAACUAUGAAUGUUAUUUUCUUAUCUUUGCUGUAAACCGUUUGUCUGAGAAAGGAGAAGUAGUUGCAAACUUUGUCACUCUGAUCAACCAUCAAUAUAAUACAUAGUUUUAGUUUGCACCGAUAAUUAGAUAAAAAUCUUUGAUCAUCCAUAGGGUGGAUGUAUUUUCUUAAUUAACAGUGCUGUUUAGUUCAGCGUCGACCUCUUCUAUUUAAGAUGAUUACUAGAUUAAUAUGAUGAAGUUCUCUCACAGAAGAAAAAUAUUCUUGUGCUAUUUAGUUAUUGUAUAAAUUACUCCUGUUUAGCUUAUCCUUUUUGUUAGUUACAAUAUAGAAUGCAUGUUUUUUAA